ACAAUUACGAAAUUCUCUUGUUGGUAAUGAAUACGAAGUAUUGUGGAUGUCAACAAAUGCGUCAUUUAGCUWUCGUCAAACAUUUCACUGGCGUGUUUUUCCAUCAAUUUAUAAAACCACAAUCUGGAAAAGUUCCGUUUAUUUGACGUUUUGAAGUAUAUAAGAGGUUUUCUUCUCUACCGAUACUUGUUAUUUUCGCUAUGGCAAAUAGUUCUCUACACAAUUCCACUGCCAGAGCUGGUAGUGACAGCCCUUCUAUUUGCUUUAUGUCUCCAGUUGGUAUUAAUCCCUUUGAUAUCGAAAGCCGUCCAGAUUCAGUUAACCCGACUUGGACAUUCAUUACUGCUGUKAAUGCUUUAGCGUCAAUUCCAACCACCGUUAUCAAUGCGUUGAUAAUAUGGGCUGUGRUCUCAAAUAAGACUCUCCGAUCGUCUAGUUUCAAUAUCUUGCUAGUUGCUCUAGCAGUUACAGAUUUACUCGUGGGACUCUUGGUCGAGCCGUUGUUUUCUCUAGUACUUGGAUGCCUUCUAAGCAACUGCUAUUCGCCAUGUAAAUUAACAAUAUUUUCGUUGUCUUCAAUGGUCUGUUGCUGUCUCACUAUUUUGACUUUAGUGUUAGUGAGUUUUGAACGAUACCUGGCCAUAGAAUAUCCGAACUUCUACCGUGAAAGGGUGACGAGAAAAAGAGUCCUAGCAUCAACAGCAAUUUUCUGGACAUUAGGUCUAACACUUAUGUUAACUUUUACUAUAUUUAUGAACAAAAACUAUCUUGACCUAACGCCGGUCCCAUUCUUGAUAAUCGGUCCCGUUUGUGCUAUGGGAUUUCUCUACUGCUCUUGUAAAGUACAGCUCACAGCUCACCGUCAAAGUAGAGCCAUUGCAAAACAACUGGCAUCCGUUCAACAUCCCAACGAACAGAAACAGCUUGAAGACCAGCUGCAAGAAUACAAGAAAGUGUUCAUGACAACCAUGUUAUUGAUUGUGUCAGUUUUCUUUUACGCUCCUUUUAUCGUAGUCUCGGUAAUUAAAGCCGUUAUGGGUGACGAUGUGACGAGCGAUUUCAAGUACGUCGCUUUGCCUAUCGGUGUAACAUUUAUGAAUCUGCAAUCUCUUAUCAACCCAAUUCUUAUGUCACUACGUCUCUCCUACAUUCGCAAUAAUGUUAAAAACAAGAUAUUUUGCUUUUCAUUGGAUGAAUAKAUGUAAGUAAGCUGAGAAACUGAAACCCAAAUGACAAACUCGGUUAUUUUUUUUUUGGCUUGACCCCAUCUUAGUCUUUCACCUGCCAUAUUUU